AUGAGACCGCCACUAGCUGAGCAGGCAUUAUCACCGCGCCAGCAGCAAUCUCCUGCACCAAGCAAGUUCCUGAAUGCACAGACGGAAAAAUUUUCUGUGAAUGGGAGCGCUCUGCCAAAUGUCGAUUUCGAUGUCGGCGAGUCUUACGCCGGGUCACUGCCCAUCAGCACGAAUACGAAUGACACCAACCAGUUGUUCUUUUGGUUCUUCCCAUCAGAGAACCAGACAGUCGGCAACGAAAUUACGAUAUGGUUGACAGGCGGGCCUGGAUGCUCCUCCGUCGGCGAGCUGCUGUCUGAGAACGGCCCUGUCCUCUGGCAGCCGGGCGUCUUCAAGCCCGUCCGGAACAAGUGGAGCUGGCACAGGCUCACCAAUAUGGUCUGGGUCGACCAACCUAUCGGGAGCGGAUUUUCCCAGGGCAACGUGACUGCGAGAAACGAAUUCGACGUAGCAGACCAGUUCAAGGGUUUCUGGCGGAACUUUGUUGACACGUUCGCCUUGCAAGGUUACAAAGUGUACAUCACAGGCUCCUCGUACAGCGGCAUGUACUGUCCCUACAUCGCCUCGGGCAUGCUCGACGCCAACGACACGCAGUACUUCGACGUCAGGGGCAUGCAGGUCUUUGACGGCCUGUACUCUAAUAAUCCAAUUCCCCAGGACAUUCCGGUAUCGUCUUUUGCGACUGCCUGGUCCGAUGUGUUUGGGUUCAACGACUCGUUCACAGCAUCAAUGCAGAACAGGUCAACUUCGUGUGGAUACCAGGACUAUUUGAACAAAUACAUAGUCUAUCCGGCUACCGAAGUUCAGCCAUCGGCGUUGCCCGGGGUCGAGUCCGACCAGGUUACCCCCCUCGAAGGGUGUGGUCUCUUCAACGAUGUCUUCGCCGCUGCUGCUGAGGUCAACCCCUGCUUCAGUCCUUACACAAUCACCAGCCUGUGUCCUGUGAAGUACGACCCACUAGGCUUCUCAGAUGGAACCGCGUACAUCCCAGACGGCUCCGGACCAGCCUAUUUCAACCGCCCCGAUGUCAAGGCCGUCAUCCACGCGCCCGACAAGGAGUGGGUAUUCUGCACGAACGACCCCGUGUUCGUCAACGGCACCGACACCUCCGUCGUGGACGGCCCCGGGUCACAGCCUGUCAUACCAAACGUGAUUGACCGGACCCAGAACGUCAUCCUGGGCCACGGCUCCCAGGACUUCGUGCUCAUCUCCGACGGCACGCUGCUCUCCAUCCAGAACAUGACGUGGGGAGGCACGCUGGGCUUCCAGACCCGGCCCACGGAGCCGCUCUUCAUCCCGUACCACGUCAACGACAACUUCGAGACCGUCGCAGGUGCGGGCGUCCUCGGGACCGCCCAUACGGAACGCGGGCUGACUUAUCUGGCUGUUGCCCCGGCUGGGCACUUCCUCGCCAUGGAUGCCCCGCAGGUUGCGUUCAGGAGCAUGGAGGUCCUCCUCGGGCGCGUGGAGGGCUUCCAGUCUUUGGCUCCGUUCACGACUGACACGAACAACACUGCUCAGCCGGAUGUCGAUAUGGGGAAUGGCACGGUUCUAAUUGCACAGGGAGGGGUCUGUCCCAGGUAA